AUGCUUGGGGGAAGUUGUACGAUCAGUACUUCCAAAGCCACGCUCGCCGGGAGUGAUGUCGAAGCUCACCAGACGCUUAUUGACCGGAUCUGGGAGUGGUCCGAGGACGCGCAGAGUGAGGAUGAGUAUGCUAUGCUGUAUGACCGGCUGCAGCGCUAUCUCAGUAAAGACACUGUCGAGGCGGAGAUCGAGAAAGCGGAGAGGUGGUUACUUGCUCCGGCUAGCUUCAGGUAUCGCGAUCCGACAUUCUUCGACUACGAGCAGCAGCAGCAGCCCUCGUGCUCAAGAUCAAUCUCAGGCUCAGGCUCAGGCGCAGGCUCAGGCUCACAACCGCCGUGCUCACCGUCUAGCAAGAAGUAUAAGCAGAAGACCCAGAAGAGGAAGAAGAAGGAAAAGAAGAGCAGCAGCAUACUGCAGAAGCCCACCAUUCCGGCGCAAGAAGAGGACAUAACAUUGUCCCACGACGCGAGCGCGGCCUUUUCGAACGAUCGAGUUUGCGAGACUCAGUCUCACACAAGCCCAGCACCGUACCACACCGCACCGCAAAGAAAGAGCCUCGAGUCUCAACCAAGCACAGAACAGAACAGCACCGCACCGCACCGCGAAGAAGGAGCCCCGAGUCUUAGAACUACACCUCUUACAACGCUGCCCCACCAAGUCUUACCCAGCAGUACGGAGGUACUGCCCUAUUUCUUGCAAACAUCACUUCCUACGCGAUUGAAUCCGCAAUGCCUCUUGCUUUCUGAAACCCAUCCGCACCGUCCUACCACUUGGAUCACUUCAAUCUUGACCCGCGCAUCUGCGUUCGCCGCAAUUCGCGAUCACUCUCCUUGCGUCGUCCUCUCCUACAUCAUCGCCUACAUCUCAGGAUCUCCUGACUACCGCGCUGUUGUGCACCAGCUACAGAGCAAGAACUCUCAGCAAUCAGCAUCAGCACCCUCCGCCGGACUGGCAAAACACAAAUCACAACCCGCAGUCUCCGAAUCCAAUCGUCUCAUCGCAUCGCUUCUUACUCACUACAUCCCCGACUGGUUCCGCUUCCUUACUGCCUCCGGCCCGACAGAGGAAGAAAUCAUACAAUUCUUCAAAGAGUUCAUCCACGAUACUGACGCUCGCCGAAUCGAAUCGCAAGAAACGGUCAUCACACAGCAAAUUCUGGCCGAGCCUGGCAAUCUCGAUACACUGCUUGCGAAAUUAGGCUAUGAUUUCUCCAACUGCUGCCUCCCACGUCUCGAGGAAGUCGAGCAACGAACCACAACAGUAUACUGGCUCAUCCAAUUCAUCAAGGAGCUCCGGAUCCCUUGGCUCGGCACUCCUGCUAUCGCCUUCAAGACUCAUCCCGUACUGGAAUAA